AUGAUUGAUAGCUCUUGUCGAAAACGCUAUAAUGGAACAAAAGAAGCUAUAGAUGAAUUGUCAAAAAUUUUGAAUGAAAUGCCGUUAAAUAAAAAUAAUAAAAAUGAUGUACUUGGUCUUACAAAUGCAAGUUUAAUUAAGGAAAAGUAUCUGACAGGCGACAACUAUUCAAAAAGUAUUGAAUUAGUCGAUGGACUAAAAGCUCUAUCUAAGCACGCAUACGGUUUUGUUGUUGUUCUAAGCAAAGAUGGACGAAUUGUUGCUUUCAGUGACAAUGUUGAACAAUAUUUGUUAAAAGACGUGCGGACAUUGUAUAUACAAUGUGCUAACAUCUACGAAUGUCUUGAUGUUGUUGAUGGAGAAAAACUAAAUAAAAUAUUAUCGAUGUCGAACGAUUUCGAAAGCGAAAAAGAAUUACUGUGUACAUGGCGUCUACCAAAAGGGAAACGUCCUUCACGCAAACAUUUGAAAGAAAAGACAAUUCAUCGUUCGUUUCAUAAUAGUCCUGCAAUGCGUAAUGAGUAUAUUGCUUACGCUAACAAGGAGAAUACUAGUGCAAUGACGCUGCAAAAUACCAUAUCAAUGAAACGAUGUACUCGCACCACAAAUAUUACUCGUAGCACAAGCCCAAGACUAUCUCGACAAGAGUCAUCAGUUGCUAAAUUUAAUGGUGAUUCAAUGGUCUUUUUAUCAGCAGUAGAAAUUGACGAGUUUUUCAGGAAAAUCGAACAAACGUAA